AUGGUUCAGCUCGGGGGCGGCCGCCGAGCCCCUCCGGUCCCGGCCGCGCCGCCGGCCUUCAGCAUCGACAGCAUCCUGCAGCCCGGCCCUCGCCGCCCGGCCAGGGAGCAGGGCAGAGCCCGCUGCGCGCUGCCGGAGGAAGAGGAGGAGGAGGAGGAAGAGGAGGGAGAGGGGCCUGAGGAGCAAGACCCCAGUAAAGGCUCCAGCGACUCGGGCAGCGAGCCCUGCCGGCUCCGGGCAGAAGGGACGAGCCGCGGCCUCCGCCCCGAGGGCGGCGAUGCGGGGUCCCCGUUCCCCACGGAGGGACUACCCGGUCCCCGGCAGCCGCCGCCGCGAGAGGCCGGGGGCUCCGGAGCGGAGAACGGCAGGUCCUCGGCGGCGGGCGGCAGGAAGAAGACGCGGACCAUCUUCUCCAAGAGCCAGGUGUUCCAGCUGGAGUCCACCUUCGACGUGAAGCGCUACCUGAGCAGCUCCGAGAGGGCCGGGCUGGCCGCCGCGCUGCACCUCACCGAGACCCAGGUGAAGAUCUGGUUCCAGAACCGCCGCAACAAACUCAAGAGACAAAUGUCAUCCGAGCCCGAGGGCCAGGGGCCGGGGCCGGCCGCGCCCCCCGGGGAGCCGCAGCCCCCCGCGGCCGCCUCGGCUCUCUCCUUCCCGUCCCUGUACAAGGACAGCCCCCUGCUCAGCCGCUGCUUGCUGCCGCUGCCUUUCCCCCUGCUCUGCCCGGGCAGCGCCGUCCCCUACCUCUGCCUCCCCGGGCCGGGCAAACACUUCAGCCUGCUGGACGGGGACGUAUAG